AUGGACGACGAGACCAAGCAUUUGGAGGGAAAAGAAGAAGAGGUCUGCACUUGUGGGCACUUUCUGGGCCCUCAUGGUUCACCCAUCAAGCACACUGUGGCUGGCAAAACCGGAGCCAUUGACGCAUCGUUUGUGCAUCUUCCUGCUCACUUGUACCAACCUGUUGAAGGCGAUGAUAGUGCUCCGAUUGACCGAAAGAAAUCUGUUCCCUUCUCAGUCGCAGCUUCCUCCAAGUCCUUGUUGGAAUGUGAACAUCUGAACGAAUUGAAUCGUGCUGCUCAGAAUGGAGGCGAUGGGGUUCGGCUCUGUGCUGACUGUAUCAAUCGCGUGGCCCGUGCUUUGGAUGCAGACAGCGAAAGACUCAUCAAUGAAUGCUACAUGUACGACCAGGCAGCGCGAAAAGAGGAAGAACGCCAUGAGAGCCUGGAAAAGGCUCUCAUAGGUGUCUCAUUUUUGGGGCCAAGUGGCGGCAAAGACGACGCUGCAGCACCCAACAAUUUGCAAAUGGCGGAAGAAGCAUUUCGAGAUGAGAUCAAACUCUUGGAAGAAGAAUGCAGACAGCAAGAAGCUGAAGCUGAACAUCUCAGGGCUCUCAAGGAGGAACAAAUGAACCUGGCAAAAGAGCUUGCAGAAACAGAAUAUGAAUUAGAGGUGGAAAGAAAUGCGCUCGAGUUGGAAGCUAGAGCAUUCAACAGCGACCAAGCUCAGUUGUUUCAACUUCUUGAUACGAUCGAUGCUGAAGUGGACAAGCUUUCAGCUGAUAUCAGUCUGCCCUCUCUCCUCCUCGAUUUGCGGGUUGAUGAAAGGGGCCUUCGAUACCCAUUGAUCAAUGAACUAAGGCUCGCCUACAGACCCAAAGGCGAUCUCAAAUGGAAUGAAGUUCAAGUUGCUUGGUCUUUGGCAGCCCAGCUAUUGCUCGUUGUUGGUACCCUAUUCCAGUACCCCUCGGAGCAGUGGAAGAUUGUUCCAUUGUCACACUGUGCAAAACUGAUCUUUUACAGCCAGAACGACAAUGACACUGGUGGAAGCAGCGACGAAGGAGAUGGCGGCCAAGGCAAGAAGCGCGCAGUAGUGUAUCAUCUAGGGCAUCCGAGGACCAAUGGUGCGAAAGCUAUUCGGGCCUGGAACAACUUGCUCCAUCAGGUCAUAUUGCACGUCCGCCGCAAGACGGAGGACGACAAUUUGGAAAGAGGGACUGACAGUGGAAGCUUCCCCAGUCUUCCAUUUGCAAUAUCACCUACUACCAUUGGGACAAUCGGUUUGACUCAACUGGAUGAGAAUGACGACGCGGGAUGGUCCAGAGCCAUUCAUUUGAUGGCCUCUGAUCUGUUGUGGCUUUCCGAAUGCGCAGCAAUCUAUACUUCUCAGCAAGUCUUGUGGACGUCAGCUGUCUUGGAAGCAUUCAAGGCCUAG